AUGAAGGAAGAGGUGAAGGGAACUCCUGUAAGAGUGGCACUCUAUUGUCGCCCUCUGGUCCCCAAAGAGAUUAGCGAGGGCUGCCAGAUGUGCCUUUACUUUGUGGCCGGGGAGCCUCAGGUGGUGGUUGGUACUGAUAAGUCCUUCACCUACGACUUUGUGUUUGACCCCUCUACUGAACAGGAAGAACUCUUCAAUACAGUGGCACCUCUCAUAAAAGGCGUAUUUAAAGGAUUUAAUGCUAUGGUCCUGGCUUAUGGGCAGACUGGCUCUGGAAAAACCUAUUCAAUGGGAGGUGCAUACACUACAGAGCAAGAGAAUGAUCCAACUGUUGGGGUUAUUCCUAGAGUAAUACAACUGCUUUUCAAAGAAAUUGAUAAAAAGAGUGACUUUGAAUUUACUCUGAAAGUGUUUUACUUAGAGAUUUACAAUGAAGAAAUUUUGGAUUUUCGGUGCCCAUCUCGUGAGAAAGCUCAAAUAAAUAUACAGGAGGAUCUUAAAAAAGGCGUAAAGAUUGUGGGACUCACUGAGAAGACUGUUUUAGUUGCCUUGAAUACUGUUUCCUGUUUGGAGGAGGGCAACAACCCUAGGAAUGUGGCCUCCAUAGCUAUGAACUCCCAAUUCCGGAUUCAUGCCAUCUUUACAAUCUCGGUAGAGCAAAGAAAGAAAAGUGACAAGAAUAGCAGCUUUCGCUCCAAGCUGCAUCUUGUAGAUGGAUCAGAAAGACAGAAGAAAACCAAAUCUGAAGGGGAUCAUCUAAAAGAAGGUAUUAAUAUUAACUGAGGCCUCCUAUGCUUGGGAAAUGGAGAUCUGGAGACAGUACACUCUGUGGAUUCCUUUAGUUUCAGAAUUUCAAUGGCUGCAGCCAUGCAAGCAACAGUUUCAUCUGAGGCCACAGAUAAGCAGAAACAGACUCAGAGCCAUGGAAUGGAAGGUAUUGCAGCUCAAGUAAAGAAAUGGCUUGGAAAUGAAAUUGAGGUUAUGGUCAGUACUGAGGAAGCCAAAUGCCAUCUGAAAGACCUCCUUGAAGAUAGAAAUAUCCUGGCUCAGGAUGUGGCUCAACUCAAAGAAAAAAGAGAAUCUGGGGAGACUCCACCUCCUAAACUCCAGAGGCGUACCUUCUCUUUUACUGAAGUGUGUGGUCAAGUUUUGGAGUCAGAAGAUUCUGUUGCAAAACAGACCGAAAGCCUGGAGACUGAAAUGGAACUCAGGAGUGCUCAGAUUGCUGACCUACAGCAGAAGCUGCUUGAUGCAGAAAGUGAAGACAGGCCAAAACAUCGCUGGGAGAAUAUUGCCACCAUUCUGGAAGCCAAGUGUGCACUGAAAUAUUUGAUUGGAGAGCUGGUCUCCUCCAAAAUACAUGUCACCAAACUUGAAAACAGCCUGAGACACAGCAAGGCCAGCUGUGCUGACAUGCAGAAGAUGCUGUUUGAAAAACGAAAUCAUUUUGCUGAGAUAGAGAGAGAGUUAUAAGCUGAGCUGGUCAGAAUGGAGCAACAGCACCAAGAGAAGGUCGUGUACCUUUUCAGCCAGCUGGAGCAAAGCCAAAUAGCAGAGAAACAGUUAGAGGAAUCAGUUGGUGAAAAGGAACAGCAGCUGUUGAGCCCACUGAAGUGUCAGGAUGUAGAACUUGAGAAGACACAAGAAGUGUGUGAGCAAAAUCAGCAGCUUCUCUGAUAGAAUGAAAUCAUCAAGCAGAAACGGACCCUCCUUCAGGUAGCCAGCAGACAGAAGCAUCUUCCUAAGGAUACCCUUCUAUCUCCAGACUCUUCUUUUGAAUAUAUCCCACCUAAGCCAAAACCUUCUCGUGUUAGAAAGAAGUUUCUGGAGCAAAGCAUGGACAUCGAGGAUCUAAAAUAUAGUUCAGAUUCUGUGAAUGAGCAUGAGGACGGUGAUGGUGAUGGUGACGGUGACAGUGAGGAGGGGGAUGAUGAGGAAUGGAAGCCAACAAAAUUAGUUAAGGUGUCCAGGAAGAACAUCCAAGGGUGUUCCUGCAAGGGCUGGUGUGGGAACAAGCAGUGUGGGUACAGGAAGUAAAAGUCUGACUGUGGUGUGGGCUGUUGUUGUGACCCCACAAAGUGUCGGAACUACCAGCAAGGCAAGGAUAGCUUGGGCACUGUUGAAUGGACCCAGGAUUCUGAAGGGUCCUUCAAACUGGAGGAUCCUACUGAGAUGACCCCAGGAUUGAGCUUCUUUAACCCAGUCUGUGCCGCCCCCAACAGCAAGAUCCUGAAAGGGAUGCUCGACAUAGAGCAGGUGCUGUCAAAGAAGACUGCUCCAGCUCCCUUCCCUUUUCAUCUCCCAGAGUCAAAAGGUGUAGCAACAGAAUACCAAGAAAAUACUCCAGGGAAAAAAAAGAAACGAGCUCUGGCCAGCAACACCAGCUUCUUCUCUGGCUGCUCCCCUGUGAAAGAAGAGGCCCACUGA